AUGGCUGACCAGAUUAAGCAAUUGACCAAGGUCAACCAACUGCGCCCGUUGGACAGUGGCCUUAAUUUAACAGUCAAGGUUGUCAAUGCAAAGAAUGUUGCACAAAGAGGUCGAAACCAAGCACGGUUUUCUGAAUGCUUAGUUGGGGACGAAACGGGAAUUAUUAUUUUUUCCGCCAAAAAUGAUCAAGUGGAUCUAUCUAAAGAAGGUAACACCCUUGUCCUCUCGAAUGCAAAAAUUGACAUGUUCAAGGGAUCAAUGAGACUGGCUGUGGAUCGUUUGGGCCGUGUUGAAGUGGGCGAGCCCGCUGGCUUCUCUGUGGAUGAGAGUAACAAUUUAUCGUUGAUUGAGUUUGAACGUAUUGAUGUUGUCGUUUGA